AUCCAACAUGUGUCAUCUCCGAGUCUCGGUCACGGUUGUGCUGCAUUACCGCAGAAAAGUUCCAUUACUUUGAACACUUCUGACAAGUCUGCAACCAAAAGUUCACAAUGGGACAUGGAAACUCUGAUAAAUUGUACAUCACGCACGCAGAGCACGCAGGUGUCUUUGGACAGCACUCGUCUUCCUCAGGCUUCAAGACAAAGCAACAAGCACCACAUCCAGGAGCCUUGACUCCGUUUGAUUGCUGCGCUCUUUCCUUCCAGCCAUUCGACCAUCCUGUCUGUGCCCGCAACGCUGACGGUACAGGCCAUGUCUUUGACCUCGUAAACAUCAUACCCUGGCUAAAGCAACAUGACAACACCAACCCUAUCACUCAAGAACCGCUAUCUCCUUCCGACCUAAUCACAUUGAACUAUUCUCGCAAGUCCUCUGGAGAAAUACACGAUCCCAUAUCUUUCAAGCCUUUCAGCGAGCAUUCCAACAUUGUCGCUAUCGCCACUACUGGCAAUGUUUAUCUCGCUGACAGUAUUAAAGGUGGCAAGGACCUUCUUGACGAUGUGAAAUUCAAAAGAGAAGAUGUAAUCACACUUCAAAACCCUCACGGUAUGCCAUCAAGUUCGGUCCCUACACCUGGUUCUGCUCCCGUUAAAAAGGAGGUUGAGAAGCCCAAGACGGUCGUGUCCAAAACAACCGUAGAUAUCAAGACUAAGGCCGCCGUCCCCUGGAACGUAUCACCGUAUUCUAGUGGUCUGCCUGGAGCUUCCUUAACAUCUACCUCUGUGGAUCCUCAAACUUCUAGCUCAAAGCUAGUGUGGGAUGAAGAGGAGUUAAUGUUCGAGGAUAUGUCAAAUGUUCCAAAGGGCAAAGGCAAGGAGAAGGAUGUCGGGAAACGUCGUGCCUAUGUCCGUGUUGUCACGAGCCUCGGUGGUUCGCUGAAUUUAGAGCUUUUCUGCGAAAAAGCUCCCAAAACCUGUUACAAUUUUCUGAUGUUAGCAAGAGCUGGGAAAUAUGAUAACUGCCUUUUUCAUAGGCUGAUUCCCGGAUUCAUGAUACAAACGGGCGACCCUACUGGUACAGGUGCAGGAGGGGAGUCACAUUGGGGUACACCCUUUCGAGACGAGCAUGAUAUGAAGGGCGCUGCAAAACACGAUAGUCGCGGUGUUAUUGCCAUGGCCAACAAAGGCGCUGGAACGAAUGGGUCGCAGUUUUACUUCACAUUCAAAGCUACCCCGCAUCUCGAUAAUAAGCAUACAGUCUUCGGCAAACUGGUAGGAGGAGAGGAUGUACUCGAUUUGCUUGAAAAUUUGCCUCGCAAAAGUGGGACAGAGCGGCCUGCUAAAUCAGUCCGUAUAACGGAAAUUGUAAUCUACCAAGACCCAUUUGAGGCGUAUAAAACGCGUCUUGCGAAGAAACUGUCCAGGCGUGCUGAAGUUCAGGAUAAUGCAAAAGCUCAAACUGAAACUGAGAAAAAAGCUGGCGAUGAUAUCAACUGGUUUGGAUUAAAGGUCGGCACCACCGAUUCGGCAAUUGGGAAUGGUACAUCUGGCAUUGGUGUCGGAAAGUACUUGAGUGCCAAGAGUGUUAAGCGUCCCCUGAAUGAACCUGUUGUUGGUCAGAGCUAUGCAGAGGAAGGGAAGAAGAAACGAAAAGUCGGCUUCGGGAACUUCGAAGCUUGGUGAUCUGUAGUUAUUUAUCGUGUAUCAUAUUGUUCUCAAUACUUGUCACACAAGAGUGCACCGUUUUCUCGUUAGAACGCAUUCGCUGCAACAUAUUC